GAGAGAUGCAGGGAGGAGAGAGGGAGCCAGUGAACAAGCGCGCAGAGUCAGAGCGAGUAGCCCAAGCAUGGGAGCCAGAGUAGUAAAGCAAGCCCCGAUGCACGCAGCGUGAACGGAGAGGAGGAGAGCAAAAAAAAAGAAAAAAGAGACGCACUCAAGACUUGAAGAGAAAGAAAAGGAGGAACAAGAAGACCCAGGCUGCAGCUGACAGGGGGGGGACGCUACAGUGUGGCAACUCCACACACUCUUUGCAUCCCAACUGUUAAUUCUGUCUGAGCAUCUCGCAACAAGAAGACGUCUGUAACAAUGAUUUCCUGGCUGCUGCUGCUGCUUCUUCUCUACUGCUUUGCCAGCACGGGGAGCUCUGCUGUGUUCACCCAACAACCCACAGACUUGGUGGUGGUGGCAGGUCAGCCGGUCACCCUGCCCUGCUCCAUCCCUGGAUAUCAUGGCAUGGUGCUCUGGCUGCGGGAUGGCAUGGCCCUGGGUGUUAACAGGGAUCUGUCAGGUUACCCACGAUACGACAUUGUUGGAGACCACAGUAAAGGAGAAUAUCACCUCUUGAUCCAGAGAACCGAGAUUCAAGAUGACGCUUUCUUUGAGUGCCAGGCCAUCCAGGCGGCGAUCAGAUCCCGACCCGCCCGCCUCACUGUACUGGUUCCUCCUGAUGACCCGGUGAUUGUCGGGGCCCCGGUGGUGAGUUUACGGGCCGGCGACCACCUCAACCUCACCUGUCACGCGGACAACGCCAAACCAGCUGCAUCCAUCAUCUGGAUCCGUAAUGGUCUAGUCCUGAGUGGAGCCAUGUACUCAAAGACCUUGUUGCGGGAUGGCAAGAGGGAGAGCACAGUCAGCACGCUCUAUCUGUCUCCCUCAAACAUCGAGUCAGGUCAGCAGAUCACCUGCCGAGCUUCGAACAAAGCAGCCCCGAAUGGCAAAGAUGCUACCGUCACAAUUGACAUUCAGCACCUGCCGACUGUCAACCUCACCGUGGAGCCGCAGCCUGUUCUGGAGGGAAAUCUGGUCAAAUUCCACUGUGCUGCCAAAGCCAACCCGCCUGUCAUCUACUACAGAUGGGCCAAAGGAGGUCAUCCGAUUUUAGAUGUGCCAGGUGACACCUAUGAGGUUCUUGUGGAUCACACUUUCUUCACUGAGCCCGUUUCCUGCGAGGUCACCAAUGCACUGGGCAACACGAACAUCAGCAGGAAUGUGGACGUCUACUUUGGGCCAAGGAUGGCAGCGGAGCCUCAGUCUUUGCAGGUGGACCUGGGCUCUGAUGCUGUUUUUAACUGUGCUUGGACAGGAAACCCCUCUCUAACCAUUGUAUGGAUGAAACGUGGCUCAGGAGUGGUGCUUAGCAACAAGAACACGCUAACACUGAAGGCAGUAAAGCAGGAGGAUGCUGGGAAGUAUGUGUGCCGGGCCGUAGUCCCCAGAGUGGGUGCCGGGGAGAAGGAGGUGUCGCUCACUGUGAAUGGUCCUCCCACUAUCUCUAGCACCCAGACCCAGCAGGCGCUCUAUGGAGAGAAGGGUCAGAUCAAGUGCUUCAUCCGCAGCACCCCUCCUCCCGACCGAAUCGCCUGGUCCUGGAAAGAGACGGUUUUAGAGUCGGGGACAUCUGGACGCUACACUGUGGAGACAGUCAGUACAGAGGAGGGUGUGAUCUCUACACUGACCAUGAGUAACAUCGUCCCCGCUGAUUUCCAGACAAUCUACAACUGCACGGCAUGGAACAGCUUCGGCUCUGACACAGAGAUCAUACGACUCAAAGAACAAGAGACUCUGCGACUGGCUGUCAUCAUCGGCGUGGCGGUGGGAGCCUUCCUCGCCCUCUCUAUCCUCCUGGGGACUUUGGGCGCAUUCUGCUGCACCAGAUUCCAGAGAAAGGACGUCCAUCUGGUCAUGUCUUCUCUUCCCGUGUCCCUUUCGCGCCAAAGAGAUGUGAAAACAGAGAAUCUCAAAGGAGUGGUUUCAGCAAAAAAUGACAUCCGGGUGGAGAUCGUUCACAAGGAUCACAAUGCAGCGCGGGAGAGCGAGGAGCACACAAGCAUCAAACAGAUGAUGAUUGACCGUGGUGAGUUCCAGCAGGAGCCUGUGCUGAAGCAGCUCGAGGUGCUCCAGGAGGAGGAGAAGGAGUUCCAGCACAUCAAGGACCCAACCAACGGCUACUACAGUGUCAACACCUUCAACGAGCACCACGCCACUCCCACCAUGUCCCUGGCCCCCAGCCAGACUCCCGACGUAGUCCGAAGCCCACCCGCUGGAACUAUGACCGUUGGCAAGCAGCGGGUGCCCACCGGCAUGUCCUUCACCAACAUCUACAACACCCUGGGUGCUGGCCCCAACCGCCUGUACGACUACAGCCAGCGCUUUGUCCUGGGCAUGGGCAGCAGCUCCAUUGAACUGUGCGAGCGGGAGUUUCAGCGGAGCUCCCUCAGCGACUCCAGCUCCUUCAUCGACACACAGUGUGACAGCAGCGUCAGCAGCUACAGCAAGCAGGACGGCUAUGUUCAGUUCGACAAGGACAGCAAGACCUCGGCCUCGUCCUCCUCCCACUAUUCUCAGUCCUCCUCCCAGAACUCAGACCUCACCAGGCCUCUGCAGAAACGCAUGCAGACGCAUGUCUAACAGCUCCUGGGGCCUUGACUGGGAUCACGAGGAUGGAAGGGAUGUUCCAAAGAGCCAUUUUACCUACACAGAUCAAAUGUUGUUUUUUUUCUUCCCAGUGCAGAGGGACAUGACACGGUUUGUAGAUGCCAACUUUUGAAGCUGUACACCUUGAUGAAACCCGCCGGAAUCAAAGUGUGACUUCUUAAUCAUGAGCCAACUUAAAAAAAAAAAAAAAAAAAAAAAUCACGACAAUCAUUUGUCUGCUUUUCUCUGCUCAUAAGAAACAAACACAGUACUUUGCUGCUGUUCCCAUUUUUUCCACUUGGUAAACUGCCUUGACAUAUGAACCGAGUGGCAGAGUGAUGGUUAGUUACAGAGAGAAUAUCAGACAAAAACUAUCAGAGAAAAAGUAACAAGCGGAUUUUUUUUAUUAAUGAGAAAAUUCUGGGUGUUGCGAGCUUGGCUGCUCUUGUGCCAUUCACAGCACUGAGGGUAUUGUUAAAAUCAGAAAAUGGCUCUUCUCAUGAGCACCUCGGAGGAAAAAAAAUGUAUGUGAGCUGGCAGCAAGCUCUGUUAGAUGUCAGUCAUUUCCUGUACAUCAGUUACCGCACCGCCCUGGCGAUGAUUAAUGCUAGUUGCAUUAGAAAUGGGUUUCUCUUUUGUAUAAUGUGCUGUACAUUGUUUUGGCUCUUUAAUGGCUAUUAUUUUUCAGACAUUGUGAGAUUUGUUUCGCCUUUCAGUGUAUGCUUUGCGAAAGAUCAUUCCUCAUGAACUGAUCACAGAAUGCAUGGAGAAGUGGACGUGUCAUCAUGCCCAACACACACAAAGGCAACCUUCAGAUGCUUUUGUUCAGUCAUCUGCUGCUUUCGGAAACUAUUUUUUCCUGUUUCCCUCUUGAAAGGACCUUAUGAUGUUUACAAGUGUAGUGCAAGGGUAUUGAGAUCUGUACUUUUCCCAUUUAAUGUGAGACACUUGCAGCUUGUGUGUGUACUGUAUCUCUGGGAAGCACUUUCUAGCUGCCAGAGCAGGUUUGUCAUUUCCAUAUUUGGCUGAUAUCGUGUUGUUUACACUAGAGCUCUGUAAAACCCAGCAUUUUGUGUACUGUGAUUUGACUACUGAAUGACAUGGGGUGAAGAUAAAGUGAGAUUCCUGCUGUCUGUCUUUCUUUUGGGGACUUUGAUGCCCACUGUUUUAAGUGAGCCAGAAAGCUAGAGCUGGAGACAAAAUGCUAUCAUUAGUUUGAAGCCUGACAAUUAGACUGCUGCACUCAAGAACAAUGACUUCAAAAGGGACGAGCAACCACAUGUACUACCACAAAUAUCAGUUUGAGUACUUCUAUGAGGAAAUUAAGAUAAGCCGAUCCGAAAACGAUUAUGAGUUCCUGGGUUUAAUAGGCCAUCAGUCAAAGCAGCCACACAAUAAAACCAUGCUGCAACAAGUGUUCAGGAUCCAAAAGGGCAAUCAGCCAAUACAAAUGAUGGACAACUCCAGUGUGACACAGCCGAGGAACACAAAUAAAAAGGUUAAAGUUUGUCUGGAAGGGAUGUGGACGGAGUGAAGAAAGCACAAAUUGGUACAUUGCAUAACUACUCAUGUUCUACAAAUGAAUAUAACUGAAUAGCAUGGGUUGAUGUACUGUCAUAACUAAGCACUUACAAAUGUAUUUGGCUCACUCUUACUGUGUAAUAAAAUGAAUCUCAUCAUGUUUGGCGAUCCCACCUUACAUUUGGGGAUUUCUGUUGUGAACAUACAUUACUGUACAGAAAGAAAGAUUUUGUGCCAACAUUGUGUUUUGAUUAAAGAAAAC